AUGUUAAAUAUUUCUUCUUUUGAACGUGCCAUUAUUGUCAAAUAUUUACCACCAACAAAUAAACAAGAAUUACAACAACAACCAACAAAACAAGAAAUUUAUUCUUUUGGAGAAUUAAUUAAAUCUUGCAAUUAUUUAUUAUUUUAUGUUUUUAGUAAUUUAAAUCAACAAAAUCCUUUAUUUUUACAAGCAUUGGAAAAACUUGUUUUUAGUAGAAAUAAAGAAGGUAAAAAGAAAAUUUCUAAAAGGUUUGUGGAAAUUUUUGGAUAUUAA